AUGGAGUCGCCCCUGAGACUGACGUGUCUGCUAGUUUUGGAUGCAGAUGGGGAACGCAUCUGUGUGCAUUACCCCCAGAUCCCCCCAGCCUUGGGGCCCCAAGGGCCGUAUGUUGAUUUUGAAGCGCAGCGGAGACUCGAGGGCCUCCUUCAUCAGAGCCUUCUCAAGAUCAGGGGAAUGACAGAAGCGGAUGCGUUGCAAGCAGAGGGCGAGGUGGCAGUUGGACUGCCGGUGGGAGACGUCUUUCUCUUUGCUGUAUCGCCCGAAGCGUCUGCAAACGAGCUGCUCCUUCUGGAAGUUGUGGAAGCUCUCAGAUCCGUACUUGCCUCUCUCUGCAGCGGAACAAUUAGUCGCCAGGCGCUGAUUGAUAAUCUGGAUUCUGUGAUGCUCGCGCUCGAUCAGAUCUUAGACCAGGGCUUGUUGCUAGAGACCAAUCCCUCCGCUAUUCUUGCGCGUGUUCAUAUGCAAGGAGACGCACAAGGGACUUCAGAGAGCGCGUCUUUCAACCAGGCCAUCAGCCAAGCAAAAGACAGCCUCAUAAAAAGCCUUCUUAGUGGAGCCUCGUAA